AUGGCUCGCACCAAAGCCGCGCCGAUCAGGCGGGAGCCGUCGUCUGAGUACACCGCCGGGGAACUGAAACGGACGGCGAGUGGACGGGUUGUCGAAGAGGAGAAUGGGACGGUGGCGGAAAAGGUGGAAAGGGAGAUUGCAGACGCCGUCGUCGUGGUGACGAAGCCGGGGAAGAAGGAGGCGGGCGUGGUGACGCUUGUUGUCUGCGUGGCGGGGAUAUAUGCCUCCUUUCUAACCUGGGCCUACCUCCAAGAAAAACUCACAACGACCACCCACGGCCCGAACAAGGAAAGGUUCAAGUUCUCGGUUUUUCUCCUCACAAUCCAGAGCCUGUUUGCCGGCUUGGGCGGGUUGCUCUUCACGUGGGUGAGCACACCCAAAGGGGAGAAGAUGAAGAGUCCGGUCCCCAACCGGGGGAUCUUGCCACCGUUGCUGCUUGUCGCGGUGACGAACGCGUUGGCCGCGCCGUUUGGGUACGCUGCUUUGGGGCACAUCGACUACAUCACGUUCAUCCUGGCCAAGUCGUGCAAGUUGCUGCCGGUGAUGGCGCUGCAUGUGACGGUUUUUAGGAAGAGGUACCCGCUUUAUAAAUACUUGGUUGUUGCGGCGGUCACGACGGGGGUGGCGGUUUUCACGCUGCAUUCGGGGAGUAAGAAGCACAAGGCGGGAGGGGGAGGGAAUUCGGGGCAGACGGGGUGGGGGAUGUUGCUGUUGGGGAUCAACUUGCUGUUUGACGGGUUGACGAACAGUACGCAGGAUUACAUCUUUGGGGUUGAUAGGAGCUAUACGGGGCCGCAGAUGAUGGCUGCGAAUAAUUUGCUGAGCGGGGCGCUGACGGGGGGGUAUUUGGUGAUGAGCCCGUGGUUGGUGAGGACGGGGGUGGGGAGGUGGUUUGGGAUGGAUGUUGCUGGGGGUGGGGGGGAGCUGGUGGCUGCGCUGCAGUUUUUGGGGAGGCACCCGCGUGUUUGGAGGGAUGUGCUUGGGUUUGCGGUUUGUGGGUGUGUGGGGCAGGUUUUUAUUUUCCAUACGCUCUCGACUUUCUCGUCGGUGCUGCUCGUUACUGUCACGGUGACGAGGAAGAUGUUCACCAUGAUUCUGAGCGUGAUUGCGUUUGGGCAUACGCUGUCCCAGAUGCAGUGGUUGGGGGUUGGGCUGGUGUUUGGUGGGAUUGGAGUUGAGGCGCAGAUUGCGAGGAAGGAGAAGUUGGCCAAGGAGGCUGCUAAGAAGGCGGCUAAGGCUGGGAAGAAGGAAUAGAUUUUUUUUUUUGGUGGGAAAGAUAGAUAGAAAGGGGGAAAACAGAGAUACCGUACACUAUAAGAAAGAAAGAGAGAGAGAGAGAGAGAGAGAGGGCAUGUCAUGGCAUGGGGGAACUGUAUAUAUGUGUUGCUGUGGCAUUGCUUGGGUGUUGGAGAGACAGAGGUUUUGUAUGAUAUUUGAACAUUGACCGCUUGAGAGCAUUUGAUAAGCUCCUAGUUUGCCCCUGUUUGACCAGUCUUUGUACCCUCUCUAUCAACCACCCUCACUACUGGAGCAA